AUGCGAGGCGUUGAAAGGGACAAGGAUAAGGAAAAGUCCAAGAAGCCACCGGCUUGUGGUUCCACUGGGCAGUCGAGUUCUAAGCAACCCCUUUGGUACCCAAGAUCGCAUUGGCGGGGAGGCAGAGGCCAGUCAAGGAGUCAGAUGACUUCCUUCCCGUGUGUGAUCUGUGGCGGAAACCACAAGUCGAGUGAUUGUUCUCAGCGCGAUGGGAGGUGUUUCCGAUGCGGCCAAGCGAGACACAUGAGUUGGGAUUGCCCGGGCGGCGCGUCACCUACUUCGUCAGCUACUUUGGCUAAGUAUGCUCCACGACAGCUUGCAGGGCUGCCACCUGCUAUGUCGGCUGGGCGCGCUUCAGCACCGCGUCAGCCGGAGGGGUCACGUGCAUCGAGUGGACGGGUUUUCGCCACUCAGGUGGAGGAGCAGUCUGCUGUACCGGAGGACGUCGUGGCAGGUAUUAUUCUAAUUAAUGGCAUUAGAGCUAGAGCAUUGUUUGAAACGGGUGCAUCACACUCAUUCAUUGGUGCAUCGUUUGCUAAGACUCAUGGCAUGGAGAUAGUACAUAAUUAUGACUAUUGGUGGGUUAACGCACCAGAGCAUUUGUUUAGAGUUCACGAGCAGUGCUUAGCUUGUCCGGUUCAAAUAGGCGAGUGGAUCAUGCCGGCGAACUUACUAGUGUUGAAGCAGAUGUGGAGAUUUGAUCUCAUCUUAGGAGUUAAUUGGCUCUCCAAGUAUUAUGCCAGCAUUGACUGUGACAGUAAGGUGAUCACUUUUCGUGAGCCUGGUCAAGAGGAGCUCGUGUAUCAAGAGUGCAAAAGUUCGCGCUUCGCGGUGACUGUGUCGGCGCCGAGGGCGAGAAAGAUGAUCAAAAGUGGAUGUAAGGCCUAUUUGGCGACUAUCGUGGAUGCUCAGAAGGAACACCCCAAACUUGGAAAUAUCCGAAUUGCGUGUGCGUCGUGGUGUUUAUCGAUGACGUGUUAG